GUGGUGUUAAGACGGGCUGCUUUGUCUGAUCCUUCCCCCCUCCUACUUCUUUGCCCAUUACCACAACAAUUAUUGCCUUAACAACCUUUCUGCAUCGAUCUCCCAAGUAUGGUAGCAAGUACUGUCCAGGAGGGAACCGCUCCAUUCCAUUAUGCUAGUCUUCCCCAGCCUGCCCAAACGUGGUACCGAGUCUAUGGCGACAUCAAGGCAGGCACACCAUUAGUAGUCCUGCAUGGCGGGCCGGGCUUUUGCCACAACUACAUGCUGCCCCUGGCUGCACUGGCUUCCGGUCGUUCCGUGAUUCUCUACGAUCAGAUUGGAAAUGGAUUGUCCUCCCACUAUCUGGAGAAACGCGGCGAUCAGGGGUUCUGGACCGUCGACCUAUUCAUCGCGGAGCUAGAAAACUUGCUCCGGCAUCUCGGUAUCGCUGGUCAUUUUGAUCUGCUGGGUCACUCCUGGGGCGGAAUGAUGGGGAUGGAUUUCGCCGCUCGUCAGCCCGCUGGACUGCGCCGUCUGAUCCUGUCAAACGCCCCGGCCUCGGUCGCACUGUGGCUUGAAUCGGUCAACCGACUCCGCGCUAGCCUACCCCAGGAGAUCCAAGACACGCUGCAAAAAUGUGAAGCAGAAGGGCGGCUCGAUUCGAAGGAUUAUGAAAAUGCAACGGUGGAGUUCUUAUCCCGAUUCUGUUGCCGGACACAGCCAUGGCCCGAGGAGCUCAUGCAAAGCCUCGUCUGGACCACGGAGAAGGAUUCUACCGUCGCUUCUACCAUGCUCGGUCCCUCCGAAUUUUGGGUUGAGGGGUCUCUCAAGGAUUGGAGCGCACUGGACCACAUUCAUCGGAUCCAGGUGCCCACACUGGUGAUCAAUGGGAAAUAUGAUGAAGCGCAGGACAGCGCCGUGGAGCCGCUCUUCUGGGGUAUUGAUAAGGUGAAGUGGAUCACCUUGUCGGAGGGUUCGCACUGCCCGCAGUUCGAUGACCGCGAGAAGUACCUGCAGGUUGUUGACGAAUUCUUGGGCCGCGCAUAGUGUUGGGGAUGUUCCUAGCAAAGUUCGCCUUAUCGGUUUUAGCUUUGAGCAACAGGAGCUUGAAGAAAGUCCGUGCCGUUAGUUUCAGUUGGGUGCAGGAAACGAACCGACUAGUAUGAGAUGGUUGAUGUGCUAAUGUGACCCGAUUCAUGACCAUUGUCGGUGUUUGGCAUCAAUCUCCGUGACUGGCUAUUCAGUGUAAACGAAUGCUCGUAGACGGGCUUUUAAUGCUUUCAAAUUAGUGAGUGAGCGUAUCGCCAGCAGGUAGAGAGACGAUGCGGGGGAAAUCUUUCGGCGGUCAUGGGAAAGACUCUCUAGUCCCACUCUACGAUGUCGGCCUUGCUGCCUCGGCAGUACUUUCUGUACAGGGAAGGAUAGCACUGCUGAUCACGUCGGAUUGUAUGUGUACGUUCACCAAAAAGGAACAAGAAAAAGAAAGUGUGGGCCCUUGGCUUCCGUUGUAGACAUGCCAUAUACUCCGUGCGAAGUAGCGUUGUACAGUUAAGAGAGUGUAUUCUCUGCUGAAUUCAAAAACAUGAAAAAAUAUAUGACAAGAGUGGGAUUCGAACCCACGCCCCUUUCGAGACUAGGAAUGUUCUGAAGAACAUGUGUGAUCAGGUGACCUGACCCUAGCGCCUUAGACCGCUCGGCCAUCUUGCCC